GGUUCCGGUGCGGCGGAGAUUCCGGUUCCGGCUCCGGUAGGUGUCCGGGCCGGCGGCAUGGCGCGGAGCACGCUCUCUUCCCGCUUCCGCCGCCUCGACAUCGAUCAGUACGACGAGAACCGGUUCGUGGAGGAGCCCGAGGAGGUGGCAGCGGCCGGGCCUGACGCUUGCCCGGAGGUGGAGGCGCUGCUGAGGCAAGGGGACGCGCUGCGAGCUUUCCACGCCGCCAUCCGGAGCCAUCCCGUGAACAGCAAGAACCCGGCGCUGAAGGAGCAGGCCCAGGGAACCAUGCUUAAAGUCCUCACAUCUUUUAAAAGCAGUGAAAUAGAACAAGCAGUGAAUUCCUUAGACAGAAAUGGCAUUGACUUGUUAAUGAAGUACAUUUAUAAAGGAUUUGAAAAGCCGACAGAAAAUAGCAGUGCAAUAUUACUUCAGUGGCAUGAAAAGGUGUUAGCAGUAGGUGGACUAGGUUCCAUAGUAAGAGUUCUUACAGCAAGAAAGACUGUUUAAAAGACUGUUAAGCUGAACAAGGCGAUGAUCAGUUUUGGACUCAGAAGAAGGAAGUGACACUGGUCCAUCUUUAUUAGAGAUUGCAAUCUACUGAAAUACUCUGGAAACCUCCUCCUGGAAUGCUUUUAACCUUACCAGUGGGGGAAGAGUAAAGGUAUUCCUGCAUAUUCUGACUAUCAAAUACAGGAGCCAAGCUGUCCUCCUGAUCCCUUCUUUACAAAGCAGGAGAAGGCACACUCCUGCCUCCUGUCACUGCAGUGAGCAGGUAAUUCAGAUGCUGCUGUAUGGAAGCAUGGCGGUACGAGACCCUGUGUGUACUGCUGACUGCAGAGGGAGCAAUGGCCUUGGCAGGUGCAAGAUCCUGACAGCUUCUGGGUGGAGAGGUGUCUGGUAGAAUGCUGGGUUUGUGUGGUCAAAGGACUAGUUGGACUACAGGGUUGGUUUCAAUGUGAAGUGCCUGCUGCAUCAAUAAAGUUCUUGGAUCACAUGAGUUAAGUAAUGUUUUUUUCCCCCACUAAAUCCUGACACUUUUCAAAAGCAGGUCAGCAAUGUGCCAGUUCUAAGCUAAGUGUCCACCUUUGCAUGAAUGCCUAAGCCCAGCUAUUUACAGAAUCUGUCCUCAAACCCAACUGUGAGAGCUGCAGGAAGUGAGAUCAAGCUCAGCUGUUCCAAGCAAGGCAUCUAAGAUGUGCUAAAUGUAAGAGCUGAUAGCCUGUGGUUUGACUUUUAUAUUCCUGUCCCUCCUAGAAGGUCAAGAAAAUACUUCAGAACUUUUUAUUUAUGUAACAGUGCAUCCUCACCUUUUGAAGGACUUGAGCUGCUUCCUUGGGGGCAGCACAGAGAUUUUCUCCUGGAUUUGUCCAGACAG